AUGGUUGAGGAGGAGCAUUCGUCGUCAGAUGAGGAGAUGGAGACUGAGACAAGCAAAAUGGAAGCGGCUGCUUUGGCCAGAAAAAAGAGACUUUUGGAAAUGAAAUCACGCUUGCAUGGCAUUGAAAUGAAGGAGGAAGAUUACAAAGAAGAAAGUCAGGAAACGAAGAAGAGUAAAGCGGAAGAGAAGACGUUCAGAAGCUACAAGCCUUCAUCAGAAGCAAUUGGAAAAGUAGCACAAGACAAAAUUAAACUUGAUGUCGUUGAAGAGCUCAUUGCGUCUCAUUUAGAGGAUGCUAAAAAUGUGAAGCCUGUACUGUUGAUUUGUCAA